AUGGCUCGCCGCUGCUGCUGUUGCAGCUGUGCGACGGCAUGGGCCAUCGUCGCUUUGCUUGUGGCGCUGCUGGUUGGGCUCUGCUUCAGCGCAGCCUCGGUGGCGGAGGGUUUUCUGGAGCCAAUGCCUCCUGCGGAGGAGCUGCCAGCGGGGGCGCGCUACUUCCACCGGCCCUCUGACGACGGCCGCCUUGAGUGGCACGAGUAUGGGUCGACGCGGCCGGAAGCGCGCGUGUGGGUUCUCGUGCAUGGAGCUGUCAGCACCGGCGGCGUCUUCCACAUCUUCCCUGGCUUUGAUCGCCGCAUGCGGGAGAUGGAAGUGCGAGUGAUCGCGCCCACCAUGCCGGGCUGGGGCGCGUCGGACCCCUACACGCCUGUUUUCGAGAUGACGGGUGGCACGUGGCUGGAGCGAUGGAGCACAGACGCGCUGGCGUUGCUCAAUUCUCUGGGCGUCGACCAGUUUACGGUCUCUGGCAUGAGCCUGGGCGGGCCUCCCGGCCUGGCGCUGGCCGCGGCAGCGCAGCGCCAGCACCGUUUGGUGGCUGUGGCGGCGCUGAUCGCCAACAUGUGGAACCACCGGGGUUUCGACAUCGUGGAGUCCAUCUCGUACACGCUUUUGGAGCGCCUCGCCAUUGAAGCGCUGCAGGGGCGACACCUGGGCUCUGUGGCCGCAGUGCUCAUGCGCAAGAUGAUCCUCGGAACGGCGAACUUCAGCGCCAGCCCCAUGGUCCCGGAGGACGUGACCUGGGACCGCGGGUUUUGGGGGGCCGACCUGCAGCGCUCCGUCCGCUAUCAGCUGGCGGGCCAGGUGCAGUCGAACCGCCUGGCCUUCAUCCAUACGCCCGGGCCGUUGCUGGACUGGGCCGCGUUCAAUGCGUCCGUCCCCGUGUACGUGUUCUACGGCGACAAGGAUGACGUUUGCCCACCCGUGAUGGCGGCCCACGCUGCAACCAUGCUUCCGUGGGCAACGCGGGUGGAGUUUCACGGCACGCACUUCCACCUGGAUGUGUUCAGGGUUGCGCAGGAGCUGUUUGGCGGCGCGUGA